AUGUCUCACCACUGCCACGACGAACAUUCCCACUCCCACGGAGGCGGAGACGAGCACGACCACUCAGACGACAUCACGCCCGCGCUGCAGUUCUCGCUGUACCAACACAUCAACCUCGAUGAAGUCACAACGCUGAACGAGGCCGUGUACGGGUCCGGCAAGGCGGUGGUCAAGAAGACCUGGGUCGAGCGGCUGCAACCGGAGCCCGAGGUGCAGAGUGAUGUUGACGAGCAACUUCUCAUUAAUAUUCCAUUCACGGGCCAGGUGAAGCUGCACUCGAUUCUCCUGCGCACGUCGGACUCGGAUUCGGCACCCAAGACGCUCAAGGUCAUUAUCAACCGUGACGACGUCGACUUCGGCGUGGCGGAGGAGACAGACGGCACACAGACGUUCGAGUUGAGCCGCACGGCGGAGGUGCAGGAGUUGCCAGUGCGCCGGGCACGGUUCAACGCAGUCCGCCGGCUGACGCUCUUCUUCCCGGACAACUUUGGCGACGGCGAGGAGGACGUCACGCGCAUCUCCUACAUCGGGUUCAAGGGCGAGUGGAUGGCGCUCGGGCGGGCUCCAGCAAACAUCAUCUACGAGGCCGCGGCCAACCCGGGCGAUCACAAGAUCAAGGGGACCAGUGUGAACCAGAUGGGGAGCGGGAUCGGAGGGCGUGGACCGGGUCACUGA